CAGUGUGAAAUGGAAUGAAACAGUGGUAGCGCACUUUAGAACUGCAACAAUGACUACUCUAGAAGGUGCCAAGAAAAAGCAAAAAUACACUAGUGUACAUGAGGCAGUGAAAGCUGGGGAUGUAGAACAGCUGGCAUCAAUGAUAAAAAGUGGAGCCCAAAUAAAUGAGGUGGAUUUAGUGCACAAAUUCACACCGCUGCACUGUGCUGCACACGCUGGAAGUCUGGAGUGCCUUCACUGGUUGCUCUGGCACGGAGCUGAUGUGACAGAGGAAACGGUUGGAGGCUGGACAGCAGCUCACCUCGCAGCCCUCCGGGGACAAGAUGCUUGCAUGCAGGCUUUGUUACUAAGUGGGGCAGAGGCAGAGGCUGAGGAUGAAGGCGGGUGCACGCCGUUGCACCUAGCUGCAGCCCAUGGGCACUCUCAUACCCUGCACACCAUACUGCAGAGCGGAGCGAAUGUGAAUGCCUCGGACAGGAAGGACUGGAAGCCCGUUCAUUACGCUGCUUUCCAUGGGCGCUUGGGCUGUUUGCAGCUCCUCGUUAGAUGGGGAGCAUGCAUAGAUGAUGUGGAUAACAAUGGAAACCUUCCAGCUCAUCUGGCAGCAGUGGAAGGACACUUGCAUUGCUUUAAGUUCCUGGUCAGUAAAAUGGGCAGUGUUGUGCACACACUGAAAGCCAGGAACGACCAAGGGGAGACUCCGAGGGACUUGGCUGAACGGUUCUACAAAGAUAAGAUUCUGCAAUAUAUUGAUGGUGUGGAAAGAGACGGGGAGCAUGCAGAGACACAGGAAGUUUUAGCUUUCCCAGCUCAUGGUGCUGCUUUCAAAGGAGACUUGUUAGUGCUUAGAAGAUUAGUGGGAAAUGGAGUGAUCAAUAUUAAUGAGCGAGAUGAUAAGGGAUCCACUCUCAUGCACAAAGCUGCUGAACAGGGGCACAUCCAUUGCUUACAGUGGUUGAUUGAAACAGGAGCUGACUGUGACAUUACAAAUGACGCUGGAGAGACUCCAAAGGACGUAGCCAAGAGAUUUGCCCAGCUGGCAGCUGUGGAACUUUUGGCACAAAGAAGUGGGGACAGUAACUCCAGUGAUGAAGAGCUGGAUGCAAACAACAUCAAGUUUUUUGAAAGGCAUGGUGUGGAAGGUAGCACAGACAACAAAGGAGAUCUGACCCUGGAUGAAGCAGAGAAAAGGGAUGCACGCAUCAGGGCCUAUCACAAGAUUCAAGAACUCCAGCGACUUCUAGGGAUUGCCUACAGCAACUACAGACAGCUGGGAGGAAUAACCGAGGAGGAGAAGAAGAUGAAAAAAGAAGGAAGGGAAGCUGAGAAGGCUGUGAGGGAGCUGCGGGCACAGCUGGAACAGGAGCGCGUCAGGCGGGAGGAGCUGGAGGGACAGCUGGAUGGCUGCCGGGCCGAGACGCGCCUGCUCAGAGAGCGCCUGCACAGACCCCGCGGCCCCCCGGCCCCGCUGGAAGCUGAGACCAUCUCCAAGUCUUGCAAAGAGAAAGUCAAGAAGAACCCAGGCUGCAGCCCUGGAAGGGUGUUUGUGAGGCUGCGCUGAGGAGUAGCCCCCAUGGAGGAGGACGAGGAUGGUUGUAUUCUACUCAGCGCUUGCACAGCCCAGCUCCACACAAGCUGUGCCUCUCUGCAUUCCACUGAACUCCCUCUAGUUCUCUGGGAUAGAAAAUAUUUUUAAAUCACAGCACCAUCAUUUGUGAUUAUUAA